GUCUCCUGCCCCACAUGAGCCUCCCAAGUCAAUCAUCCAUAUGUUAUGCAGCGUCUUCCAUUAGAUGGCAGAAUAUAAAGAAAACAAAAAUAACAAAAGGACUAACCAUCCCAUCUGUUUCUUUCUGUUUAGGUCGUUUCUCUUCCGCUUGUAGUAGAUUCAGCAUUCUGUAAACAGCAAUGGAUUAUUAUGAUGAUGACCCUUUUGGGACAUCCUCUAGUAGGGAUGCAAAGGUGGAUAGUGUUCAUCAGCUUUUGGAGGAAGGUUGGUUCUUUGGGAAACUGCUCACCAGGAAACCAAAAUCAUCAUUAAUGCUUAGGUGCUACUCUGAUCCUUCUCCAAACUUUGAUCAAGCAAUUUUAGCAGAGAAUAAUCCUUUCGUAGACAAGUCUUCACCAAAGGAAGUUGCAGGUAAUUUGAUUCGUGCACCAGUAUUGCCACCUUGUAUAGGCCGGAAAGAAGAGAAACAGCUGACCUGCAGGCAAUUAUCAGGUAAAAUUUUGGUUCAGCCACCCAUCAAACCAACUACUCGUACAGUAGGUAUUCAAGAGAAUAGAAGGAGCAACGUGAUUACAGGGCAACCAUCAAAGCACAAAUUACUUAGAACACCGUCUCUACCGCCUUGUAUAGGGAGGGAAGAAGUAGAAGAAGAAGAAGAAGAAGAAGAGAAUGAUGAUAAUAUUACAAUGAGCAGAUUGAUUCGCCAAGCAAUGCCUCCUCGUCAUACUUCCAAGGGCAUGAUACAAAGUUCUUGCACGCGAAGGUACAGACCACCAAGUAACCGGAAAACGCAAACAAUUGACACGGUAAAAGUUAGCUCUAAAGAAAAGGGGAAUCUUGGAUGCUCUAGCCAAAGAAAUUUACACAGAAGCGUAAGUAAUAUUGAAUCUCAAGAAGUGCAAGGGUUCAAGGACUUGGGAUUCACAUUCAACAAACAAGGCCUCAACCCAAGUGUUGUUGGAAUCCUCCCUGGUUUGCAAGACGAUCAAAAACGAACCCAAGAUCAUCAAGACCAAGAUAAAGUGAGGAGGAAAUCUCAGAAAGCAUGGCAUGUGCAAAAGCAAAGUUGCGGUCCUCCAAUUCCCAUUUGGGCUCCCAAGAAUUCAGCACAGGACAUAAAGGCACAACUCAAGUAUUGGGCCAGAGCAGUCGCCUCUAAUGUGCGAUAGAUCUUAAAAUGGUAGUAAAUAAUCAAAUUUUUUUGGGCUUCUGGCAAAUCCUAACAAUUGUUGGAGUUUGAUGGGAAAACAAAUUCUGGUUUCAUAUUUCUAAAUAACUUCAUUGAUUUAGCCAUUCAUUUGAUUUCUUUGA